UUGAGAGACUUCCAUUAAAAAAAACUGUUUGACUUCUGUCAUUGCCAACAAAGGUUGUGCUUCGUACGUGGGCUUAAUCGGUGGAAAGCAGCCGGUGUACGUGGGGACGCAGUGCAUGUUGGGAAACAUCGUGCAUGAGAUCCUGCACGCUCUGGGUUUCCAUCACGAACACACGAGGAGCGACCGCGACCAAUACAUCACCGUGCUGAAUCAAAACAUCAUGGAAGGGAAGGAGAGAAACUUCAACAAGCAAAGCGGAGAAACGUUCGGCCUGGAGUACAACGCCGAGUCCAUCAUGCACUACGGAGGAUCCUCCCAAAAAGACUGGAGGAAAUUAAACGUCAGCAGCCACUGGAGGGCGCCUCAGCACCGGGGAGCCUCAACAUAUUUGAAUAAAAACGAAAGACACACUCCAUAUCUCUCUUUCUACUGCUUUCAAACUGAUCACACUUAUCUUUACGUACCUCAUUGUCAAAAAGGGUGGCUUCUCAAUGCCAAUACUCCUUUUUAAAUGUAGGUGUAAAGA